CUCUGCGAUGGCUUCCCCGCAGGCGCACAAACGGCUGGUGGGAAGCUGAUCCGUGGGGACCGCCGGGGCCGGCUUGCCUGCUAGAGCUCCGGACUCUGCGCUGCGUGCCGCCAGAUUAUUUAUAUUUAAAAUACACAGAAAUGAAAAGAAAGGUAGCAAAUGCUGCCAAGCUGAGAUUGAGUCCUAAUGAGGAAGCCCUCAUCUUGAAGGAAGAUUAUGAAAGACGACGAAAACUAAGAUUGCUACAGGUUCGAGAACAAGAAAGAGAUAUUGCCUUACAGAUACGAGAAGACAUAAAACAGAGGCGAAAUCAGCAAUUUACUCGUUUAGCGGAGGAGCUAAGGGCAGAAUGGGAGGACUCACAAACUCAGAAAAUACAGAACUUGGAAAAACUGUAUUUGGCAAGUUUAAGAACUAUGGGAGAGGGCCAUCGACAGGCCAAAGAAAAUGAACCUGACUUGGAUGCUUUGGCACGACGGGCAGCAGAAAGGAAAAGAAAAGCACAAAUGAGACAUAAAGAGGCCCUAAAGCUACAGAAAAAUCAAAAAGAAAUACUAGCAAAAGAAAAAACCUGGCAUAUACAAGCUCGAAAGGAAGCCCUCCUUGUGGAAAAAGAGAGAUCUGCCAAAAUUGCAAGUCUGCCACCUCCUCCUCCAACUCUUUUUGAGAGCAUUGAUGUAAAAAGAACAUCCGCAGUAAAGCCCAGUAGUUCCACCUACCAUCAUAUGUCCACUUUUGUGAGUAGAGAGAAGGACACGAAACAGCCAGAUGCUCAUUUGGCUGCUGAGGAAGAAGCUAAAAGAUUGGACGAACUACAAAAACAGGCAGCACAAGAGAGAAUGGAACAGUAUGAAAAGGCACAUGCACGAGGUUUCCAAGCAAUGCAAAAGAUCCACUUGGCUCAAAAUCAAGAGAAACUAAUGAAAGAGCUCAAACAGCUACAACAAGAGGACCUGGCUCGUAGGAGACAGACUGUAGCACAGAUGCCACCACAACUAGUUGAACUUCCAUACAGACGCAGUGAAAUGAAAGAAGACUGGCAGAGAGAGCUGGAAUUUGCCUUUGAAGAUAUGUAUAAUGCUGACAGGAAGGUGAAAGGAAACCUGAUUUUGCACCUUGAACCAGAGCCUUUGCCUACUGUUACUGAUCAGAUUCAAGAUGAAGAACUGGACCUUUCAGUGGAGCAGGAAGGCUUAGGUGAAACUGAGAACCUUCAAAUGACAGAAGCUAAAAUAAUAUCUAGUGAACCAGAAGUUCCCUUGACAAUGAAGACCAAACAGGUCUCUUCAAAAAUUCUUUUUAAAAAAUUAUUAAAUAAGAUCCGAAGCCAAAAAUCUCUCUGGACAAUUAAGUCCUUGUCUGAGGAUGAAAGUGAAAUGAUCACAACUGUCAAUGAAAUGAAGAGUAAAGCAUCGACUGCUGAAUCAGGAACUGGGCAGGAACAAGAUGCUGAAGGUGACAGACUAACAAUUGAGUCUGGGCCACUUACUAGUGAAGACACACUACCCUCAGACCAGAUAGACUCCAGAAAGGAACAAGAAAUAAAUGAGACUCUGCCUGUCACAACUGUAGCUCAGAGUUCAGUUCUCCUCCAUCCUCAAGAGGAAGCAGCCAGAGUUAGAAUAUCUGCAAGGCAGAAGCAGAUAAUGGAAAUAGAAGAGCAGAAGCAAAAGCAGCUGGAAUUACUUGAACAAAUUGAACAACAGAAGUUAAGAUUAGAAAUUGACUGCUUCAGGGCUCAGCUGGAAGAAGAAAAAAGAAAGAAAACGCAACAGACUGAGGUUGGUGCUGCUACAGUAUCGUGCACUGUGCUUCCUGAUGAAGACAGCCACAGGCAGAUGAUUCGCAAUUAUCAACAUCAGCUUUUACAACAAAAUAGGUUACACAAGCAGUCUAUUGAAACAGCGAGGAAACGGUUACUCGAAUAUCAAUCUAUGUUAAAAGGAAGGUACCCAUCCAUGUCAGCUACAUCAUUAGUAUCAGAUUCUGUUAUUUUGGUACCACCUCAGAAACCCGAAAGACUCACUGCUGUAUCAGAACAUAGGGAUCAAAGUCAGAGACCUAAGUUGAGUCCUAACAAAUAUCAACCCACACAACCCAUACAGAUCUCCAGAUUAGAACAUGAUCCUUUUCAGGUGCAAAAACAAAAUCACUUUCCACAAACACAAGCAGAAAGAACAGAAACAUUAAGCACUCCAGAUGUUUUAGCCAGGCGAUGUUUAGAAUCACAGGAACAUCUAAGGCAAUUCACACAGACUGAAACACAACAACAAAACUAUAAAUCUUCUAAGCCAGAUGAACCUUCUUUAUUUCUGCCACUGCUUCCUCAGCGUUCUUUUACUUCUCUGCCUAUUAAAGUUGAAUCUGGAAAAACCCACAAACCCUGUUCAACCAGGAGCAAAAGUGCAGUUGCAAAAAGCCAUUCUGUAAUCAGCCAGAAUGGGCCUCUGCCAUUCUCAGAGAAUAUCACAGCACAGCAAAAUCAUUUGAAGGUUCUCCAAGAACAGCUAGACCUACAGAAGGAAGCUCUUCAGGCAAGACAGGAAGCUCAGGAACAACUGCUUUUGUGCAAACAGAAACAGUUGGAAGAGCAAAUUGGUUUCUCUCUAUUUCUUCCAUUGGAUUCAUCUGCUUCACUGCCUGGUGCCAAACCUGAAUCAGGGAAAAUUCAGGAACCUCCUCCAUUCAAGGUGGAUACUGCACUUUCCUCAGGUGAUCCUGUGGUCCCACAACUUCAGGAUGGGCAUUUGAGUUUUCCACAGCCUGUUUGUUUACCACAGCAAACUAAUUUUAAAUUUCUGCAAGAAAAGUUGAAUAUUCAAAAGGAUAGCCUUCAGGCUAGGCGAGAAGCUCAGGAAGUACUAGAUAUUCAUAAACAGAGUCAAUUGGAUGGAAGAGUAGAUUCUGAACAGGCUGAGCCCUCCCCUCUCCCAUUUCAGGUAGGUCAGCAUACAUUUACCUCGCCACCUUCUACUGAUAGAAAAUCUAGAAAAAUCCAGGAGCAGUGUUUACCUACGAGUGAGAAAGGUCUUCUCUCAAGCCAGUAUGAAAUCACAAAAUCUCAAGAUGAGUCCUCAAGUUUCCUACAACAGUUCCUUCCUCUCCAUGAUAGUUUGAAAUUGCUCAAAGAACAGCUGACUGCACAAAGGGAUGCUCUUCAGGCUAGGCAUGAAGCUCAAAUGGAAUUACUUUUACAUAGACAAAGGGAUCUGAGGGACAGUAAGUCUGGGCAGAUGAGUUCUUCAUUCUCACCAAUGGUUGUUGGACAUUCUUUUCCUUCACAAGAUUCUUCUGAUGCUGAGUCUAGGAGAAUUCAAAAACCUUAUUUAUCUGAGAAGGAGCAUGUAAGUCCUUCUAGUCAUUUGAUAGUCCCAACAUUCCAGGAUAAAUCUCUUAGUUUGCCACAACAUAGCCUGCCACAGCAAGAUUUGACAGCAUUCCACGAACAGUCACACAUACAGAGGGUAAUACUUGGUGCUGGACAGGAAACUCAACGUAAACAAAGUGUGCUGGAGAAUAUCCGAGGAAAUACACUUGAAGAAACUGACUUGUCUUCCUUCUUACCCCAGUUAGCACAAGCUUCAUCUCCCUCACUGCCUUCUGCUGAGUCUGGUGCAACCCAGGUGUUUCUUUCAACAGAAAGUGAUAAUGAAAUUCCAUCAAGCCAGUUUCAGAUCCCAGAACUGCAGGAUAGGCUUUUGAGAAUAUCACAGCUUAUCCAGCCCCAGCAAGAUAAUUUGAAUGCACUUCAAGAACAGUUAGCUACUCAGAGGGAAGCCAUCUUUCAGCUCAGACAGGAAGCUCAGGAAGAACAACUUUUACAUCGAGAGAGUGAGUGGAAGGGAAGACUAUCUCCUGAGCAAGUUGGCACCUCUUCCUUACCCCAAGUAGCAGAGCAUCCAUUUACUUCAUUACCUCUUACUGUAUCUGAAAGAACCCAAGAAUCUUGUUCAGCUAACAGUGAUUACACAGUCUCCUCAAGCCAUUCUGAAAUGCCAAGAUUACCUGAAAGGCUGUUGGGUUUAUCACAUAGUGUUUUACCUCAGCAAGAUAAUUUGAUUUCACUUCAGGAACAUUUGCAGGCACAGGCAAAUUCCCUUCCUUCUAUUGAAAAAAUCUCAAAAGAAUUUAUUUUGCCCAGACAAGGUAAAUAUGAGGAAAAAGUAUCUAAUGAGCAUUUUAUCCAAACUCACCAUGAUGAUUUGAAGGCACUUCAACAGCAGUUAGAUAUUCAGAGGAAAGCCAUUCGGUCUAGGCAGGAAGUCCAAGAAGAACUACUUUUUAAAAGAUUAAGUAAAUUGGAGAAAAGGGUAUCAUCUGAACAGAUUGGCUCCUCUUCAUUCUUACCCCUUGAUGCACUGCCUUUUGCCAGCUCUGAUAGAACCCAGAAAUCUUUACCAGCUGAAAGUAAUGGUACUCUUCCCUCAAGUCAUCCUGAAAUCACAAGAUCACAGGAUAGGCUUUUGAGUUUAUCACAGCCUAUUCAUCAACAAGGUAAUGUGACAGCACAAUUGGACUUACCUAGAGAAGUGUGUUCUAGUAAGAGACCUCAAGAAGAACUACUUUUAAACAAAGUAAAUAAGCUAAACAAAAGUGAAUCUGCUGAGCAUGCUAUCCCUACGUUUUUCAAGGAAACAGAGCAUUCAUUUAUUCCACUACCUUUUGCUGAAGCUAAAUCUAAAAGCAUAUGUGAAUUGCAUUCAUCUAAAAAUGAACAUGCAGCUCUUCCAAGCGAUUCUGUGUUCCCAAGGUUUGAAGAUAGGCUUUUGAGUUUUUCACAGCCUGUCUUAGCUCAACAAGAUAACUUGGGUCUUCAGAAGCAGUUGGGUUUUGAAAGAGAAGUUCUGCAUUAUAGCCAGCAAGCCCAAGAAGAAUUGCAGGUACAGAGACAAACAGCCUUGCAGCAGCAGAUCCAGAAACAUCAAGAGACUUUGAAGGAUUUCUUUAAAGACAAUCAGACAAGUAAUUCCACAGUUGAAAAUGACUUAAAAAUGCAGAAGAUGGGGCACUUCAGAGAGUGGCUUCCUCAUAUCCAGGACCUUGCAAGCAACGAUCAGGAAAAUAGUCGUGUAGAUGGGAGCAACUCUGAUUAUAAUCAGCUGCUUUCAGAACGUACUAGUGCCAAGCAAAGUGGUGAGCAUUUGGACAAAGAGUUCGGUAGAAGAUCCUCAAAGCCACCUGUAGCAAAAGUUAAAUGUGGAUUGGAGGUAAACCAACAUGAACUUAGUGCUAUACAAGAAGUAGAAUCACCAGCAAGUGUUAGAACUUCUAUACCAGGUAAACCUGACUUUUGUCAAGACAGAGACCCCAUGAGGGUCUCAAUAAGUAGAGAACAAAGUUUCCUUGGGAGCCCACUGGCCUGUGAUCCACUUGCUUGUCUUCAGUCAGUUGCCCAAGACAGUGUCUGUGGUGAUGAACAUGACAAAGCAGUUCAGGUCAAGGAGUCCGAGGUAGAGAAUCAUGCAGUAUUAAGUUUCGCUGUGGAAGAAGAAUAUCCCCAUUUGGGUCUAAUUGUAAAGCCAGAUGAUAAGGCUGAAACACAAGAGAUUUCUCCUGAGCCAAUAUCCUCAGAAACUGUUUCUACUGGGAGCUUUUUGAGUUAUGAAAACAUAGAUUUGAGCCUAACAGAUCCAGAGCACAUGGACUAUAGGGAACAAGAGUCUACCACUGGUAAAGAAGAGAAAACAGGCCAGCUCUCUGCUGUGGCCAGGGAGUGCAGUGGAGGAUGGCUCAAGUGCUUGGGCCCUGCACCCCAUGGGAGACCAGGAGAAGCACCUGGCUCCUGCCUUCGGAUCAGCGCGGUGCGCAGGCCGCAGUGGCCAUUGGAGGGUGAACCAACGGCAAAAACAGUUGACCUUGACUUUCCAGAAUUGGAACACAUUUUUCCACAUUUGCAUCGUCAACUGUUUAGACCCUUAGAACCACAUCCAGAUUUUGGUUUGUCACCAUCAUCCUCUGAGAUUUCUCAAGACAACAGAGACUUUUACCAGGCCUCAGAUUCCUCAUCUGAAAUCCACCGUGCUACUGCAUCAUCCAAAAGAUCACUUUCUUUGACUGCACUGAGGAGGACCAGCUUGCAUUCUCCCAAUACCAGCCUGAACCAGCAGACUCACCCUGACUUGGCUCUCGCUGCAGGUCAGAGUUUUGCUACAGAAAAUACUGAGGAACCUGAACAAUCUUUUCAGCAGCUUCUUCCAGAAUUUUCUUCACAAGAGGAGAGCCAGCAUGUUGAUCUACCAAGUAUUUUUAGUGUGGAAGCUAGAUAUUCUUCUGAGGGCAUGGACAAUCAGAACUACCUCUCUGAAGAACAGACCAAAAUAUUACAUAAUAAGAAGAAAAGUGUUCAUUUCCAGCUAUCUGUAGAAAAUUUAAGUUCAGUCUGCAGUUCAUCUGAUGAGGCUAAUGUGUUUGAUCAGGUGCAUGUACAACAUAGCACACCAUGUGGUUCGACCUCUAGUGAGUGCUCAAUAAAACACCAAUUAGAAAGAAAAGAUAAACUGGGUUUUGAAGAACUAUCAAAAAGAGGGAUUGUUACAAUGUUACAAAGUCAAGAACUCACUGAAAAUGGACAAGAUGAAGCUUAUAGAGUUUUAGCUGUAAAUCCAGAAAGAGAAGAAAUUGAUUCCCAAUUAUGUAUAAGAACAGUGGAAAAGGGAUCUUCACUUCAGAUACCUGCCAUAGUACCCAUUCAAAAUGAAAAAUGUUUUGAGGACUCACCUAAAACUGAAACUCCAGAAACCUUAAGAAACCUAUCUCAACUGGCAAAAUCAGAACGCUUUGUAAGUUCUGGAUCAUUUUCAUUUCAGAGUUGUAUUCCAGUCUGGGAGACAGAAUCUGGCCAUGGGAUAAUGGAAGAACCAGAACUUACUUUAGUAAGCACCAGUGAUAUCAGUGUUGCUGAAACAGAUUUUGCAAACUUAACCCUAGAAGAAAAGGGAGAAAUUGAGGCAAAAAGCUGUUUCCAGGUGAGUGAAUCUCUGCCUCUUGCACCAGAAACAGAAACCGCAGAUCAUCUAGCUUUAUCAGAGUGUUCUACGGAUAAGGAUAAGUCAGCAACAGUUUCUACAGAAAUGCUACUAGAGUUCACUGCUAUACCAGGGAGCUUACAAGAAGCUUUUGUAAAAAGGAAGAAAUCAUUCAUACAACGAUCCUGCCAGAGGCAGAAAGAAAUAAGAAAUAAAACUCAUGUCUCUGAAAACUCUCAGAUAAAGACAGCUAAGGAGAAGCCACCUACAGGUUCAUUUGUAAAUCGCCUAAAGGGUGUGAGUAAAGUUAGAGUAUCAAUUCCUGAGGACAGGAAGACUACACAAUCUCUUAUGCACCAAAGGGCUUUAAGAUUAUACAAUCAAUUAGCUGAAGUGAAACAACAAAAAGAAGAGAAAGCAAAGCAAGAAGCCUUUGCCCAAAACAGAGCAAGGGCAAAAGAAUUUCAUAAGAAAACACUACAGAAACUUCGAGCCAAAAAUACAUGGUGAUUUUCUACAAACCAGUGUAAAGUUUAUUUUUUAUACUGUAUAACAUAAG